AUGUCUACUGGAAGCACCAACACCAACAAUCCCAAUCAAUCCCAACCAGAUUGGUCAGCCGAAAGUCCUAAACCAGUUCCAGCGCAUAGCUCGGCAGAUUCAAGAGGAGAGUCAAAGAAGUGCGGCCCAUACAAGAAAAGAUCUCUGGUCUGGCCACAUUUCAAAGAAAUAUAUGAGGGUAAGCUUAGAUAUGGUGAAUGUAUAUACUGCGAGAAACGUAUAGCGGCAGAUGGUAGGACUAAUGUCACAACUGAUUCUUGGACAUCAAUUCAGAAAAUUAACUACAUGUGUCUCACAGCCCAUUUUAUUGAUAAUGACUGGAAUUUAAACAAAAAAGUUCUAAGUUUUUGUCCAAUUUCUAGUCAUAAAGGUGUUGAUAUUGGGCAAGCUGUUGAGAAAUGUCUACUUGAGUGGGGGAUUGAUGAUGUGUUUACCAUUACUGUUGACUAUGCAAGCUCAAAUGACACUGUUGUUUCUUAUUUGAGAGGAAAAUUUGUAAAUUGGGGGAAAUGUGUUUUGGAGGGGAAGUGGCUACAUGUUAGAUGUGUUGCUCAUAUAAUAAAUUUAGUAGUUAAUGAUGGUUUGAAAAAAAUUGGGAACUCUAUUGAUUGUAUUCGUGCAGCUGUGAGGUAUGUAAGACAGUCACCUACCAGGUUGAAGAAGUUUAGAGAAUGUGCCGUAGUUGAGAAAAUUGAAUCACAAAAGCACUUGUGUCUCGAUUGUCCCACUAGGUGGAAUUCCACCUACUUAAUAUUGGAUGUUGCCCAAACAUAUGAGCGAGCUUUUGAUAGAUUCGUGCUAAAGGAUCCUUACAUGAUUCAAGACAUUGAUUUAAUACCUACAACAACUGAUUGGAGAAAAGCUAGAUAUCUAAAUCAGUUUUUGGAAAACUUCUAUGAAGUAACUUUGAAGGUUUAUGGGUCUAAAUAUGUCACUUGCAAUACUUUUUUUCAAGACAUUAGUGGUAUGAAUGCAGUCUUGACCAACAUGAUGGAAAAUGACAAUCAUGAAGUGAUGGCUAUGGCUUUUGGAAUGAAAGAAAAAUAUGAUAAAUAUUGGGGAAAGAUUGAAAAGAUGAACAUGCUUGUUUUUGUUGCCCCCAUUCUUGAUCCACGUAUCAAAUUUGAGUAUGUAGAGUUUGUGCUUCUCAAAAUGUAUGGUCAAUAUGAUGGUACAAAUGUGUUUACACUUGCAAAAGAUGCUUUGUUGCAGCUGUUUUCUGAGUACAAAAAACUCAACUCACCUUUGGAAGUUAAUUCUCAAGCUUCUUCAAAUAAAUCCAAAGCAAUUGAAAAGGAUGCAUUAUCUACUGAUAUGGAUGCUGGGAAACGCAUUCAAGAUAUAUACAAAGAGGAGUUUAAAAAAAGAAAGAUAGAAGUUGGUGGAAGGGAUUCAAAAACUGAAUUGGAUAAGUAUCUUAGUGAGGACUGUGAAGAUGAAGAAGAUGACUUUCACAUUUUAUCAUGGUGGAAGAUAAACAGUCCUAGAUUCCCUGUGCUUUCCAAAUUAGCUCGUGAUGUGUUGGUUGUUCCUGUAUCUACAGUUGCUUCUGAAGCUACUUUUAGCACCGGUGGAAGAGUACUUGAUCCAUUUAGGAGUUCUUUGACUCCUAGAAUAGUGCAGGCUUUAAUUUGCACUCAAGAUUGGCUUCGACCGUCGGAAUCUAAAAUAAACAUGGAAGAGGAAUUGGAGGAUCUGGAAGCUUUAGAAUCUGGUUUGGUUAAGGGAAGUGCUGAAAGUUCAUUAACUCUUUAG